ACAAGCGAGCUGAUCGUACCUUGGGACUGGCAGGCGUAUGGUGGCGAGGGACUCGCUCGCACGCCCAGGAAAGGCCGGGACGGGACCUUCAAAAGAUGCCUGAUCCUGGAGGCCGUUACUGAUAGGAUGUUUGCCACCCACCCACCCAAUGCUUCCCACGCACCAGCUGCCAGCCCUCUGGCGAACACCUCAAUGCACACAGAGUCGGUGAAGACCACUGCGAGUGCUUCAUCGCCUGCUGCCCCCAUUUUUUCUAUGACCCUGGGUGCUGUAUCCAAUGUGGUGGCACUGGCUAUCCUGGUACAAUCAUAUGCCCGCUUCCGGCGCCGCUCCAAGGCAACAUUCCUGCGUUUUGCCAGCAGUCUGGGUAUAACUGACCUUGCAGGCCAUGUCAUCCCUGGCUCCUUUGUCUUGCGACUCUAUGCAACACGGCGUGGCUGGGCAGCCAUGGACCCUUCUGGAGCCCUCUGCCAGUUCUUUGGAGCUAGCAUGGUGUUCUUUGGACUGUGCCCGCUCUUUCUGGGCUGCAUCAUGGCAGUGGAGCGUUGCGUGGGCAUUACCCGUCCACUGUUGCAUGCUUCCUUGGUCACACCAGGCCGGACAAAGCUCUCCUUGCUAGGACUGUGGGCAGCUGCUCUGGCCAUUGCCCUGAUGCCUCUCUGUACCUUUGGGAGCUAUGUCGUUCAAGCCCCCGGCACGUGGUGCUUCAUCAAGGUGCGAGGAGCAGAGGCGUGGCCAGAGGGAGCCUUCGCCCUCCUCUUUUCCUUGCUGGGCUUGGCCUCCCUGCUGGCCUCCCUCUUCUGCAACACAUUCAGUGGACUCAUCCUGGUGCGGGCCCGGCUCCGUGGUCAGCGGAAAUGUGGGCAUCGGCGGGCCAAGGCUCAUGACAUUGAGAUGGUUGUGCAACUGGUGGGCAUCAUGGUGGUUUCCUGCAUCUGCUGGAGCCCCUUACUGGUCUUCGUCAUCCUGUCAGUGAGCAACUCCAGUGGCACCCUUGACUAUGAGCAGCUACUAUUCCUUGGUGUGCGCCUGGCCUCCUGGAACCAGAUCCUGGACCCCUGGGUAUACAUCCUGCUACGGCGUGCUGUGUUGCGCAAGAUCCUUGCUUUGUUUCUCCGACACACCGAUCUCAAGAUGCGCAUUGACCGGUGGGAGGCCAGCUCCUUCCAAAGCUCUGAGCGCAGUGUUGCUGUUGGCCGUCUCUAGUGCUGUCUGGAAUGAGCAGAGGUACUUAUCCUCUGAAGAUGCCUAGGAAGCACUUUUGCACAUUCCCCCUUGUUUGCAAAACAGCCUCCCUGGGAAACCAUGUUAAGCAAGAAGGGGCAUGAGGCUUGCAUGAAACAGAAGGCUCUCUAGAGUCAGUAUCCCGGGCCCUUUACUGAUAGUGCAGUUGGUGAUACAGGAGCCAACAUGGCAGGCUCAGUUUACUCCACAACAAGAGGGAGUGGGGAUCCAAGAGUGUGGAGCAAAGGAUACUUCUGGACCAGCUCCCUGCUUAGUUUUCCAUCAUGGGUCUUUCUCACGAAUAAGAAACACUGGAUCUUCC